ACACUGGAAAAUAAGUCAGUGUUUGAGUAGCAUGUAAAUACUCUACUGGUGGAGAAAUUAAUAAUUCUGAUUGCAGAGUAGUGUAUGAAUAGGAUGCAGGAGGCAAUACCUGAGGUCACACAUGUAAAACACAGGCUAGUUAAAAAUGACAGUUCAAUGAACAUGCAGCUUCGUGAAUGUGACUUGGCUGUUCACCUAAAAUAAGGGAGUCUUUACAUUUAUCUGGUUUUCAGUUUGUUUUUUCCUGUGUGUAUCGCUUGUCUUUUUAACCUGGUUCUGUUUGAAUACACAUGGAAAAGAAACAAGUGGAAGAUUUUGUUUGUUUUGUAAAGCCCCCUGAGUUAGUAAAGAUACAGGGGAAAUUACUUCCUCUGUCUUACCGGGGCGACAGGCUAAAACACCCUUAAUUUUCCUUGGGAGAGGAAAGGGAGUAGAAAAGUUGUGCUCCCUUAAAUCCUGCGUUGCUUUGAUCUCCCCGGUCUGUGCCUCUGGGGUGGCUCACGGAAGGCACAGCAGAAGGAGCUGUAGCAGUGCCAGACUGUUGGAUGCCAGGACGUGCUGCACCUUUUGGUGUAAUUUGUUACAUUUCAACAGCUGCUCCUCUUCCCGGUGCGAGAGGGAGCCAGGCAGGAACGGGCUUGUGGAAGGUGUGACUGCAGGGAAUGACUGCCUGCUCCGUGCUCCUGGGAUUGUGCCUGGAGGAGAGAUGGCAGUGCAGCACCCAGCCAGAGCUCAUUGCUGACCCAGGGAAGAGCUACAGUGCUCCAGCUGGGAACAGCCCUGGAGAAGUGGCCUGUCACCUCGACCCAAAUCCUGAAUGCCUGAGGACCUGAGGACCUGCAAUGCCAGUGUGAGAGGGGACUCUCAAAGGCAUACGUGGAUUUUUUGUCUGUACCUGCUGCUUGAUUGUCUGCCUUUUACUGACCCACCUGAAAAGAGAGAAGAGGGGUCGAACAAAAACCACUGACUUGUCGCUUGUGCCUAAGAACUGGCUGGAUUUUAUGGCACCUGCUGGAGAGGGCACCUGGACCCUUGGAAAUGGAGCAGCUGAUGCUGCACCUCUGCUGAGCAAGGCUUUCUGCUUGGAGUACAAGGAUCAAGUUGCCUUAAGUCAAACCAUAUGUACGUUGCCCCAAGUGUUGUAACUGUGCCUCCAAACCCUCUCCAGACUUCUCCAGGCAGGAGCUCCUCACGUAGUUUGGAUGUUCCCAAUUGACAUUUGAAUGUUUUCAUCCAGCCUGCUGUGGCUGUGAGAGCUGGGGGUGAACUUUUCCCUGGGAAGUUCAUGGUGAGUUUUGAAGCCUCACUUCCCAGCGUGGUCUGUGCCAUGGCAGCGACCUACAGGCUGCUGGUGAGCUCUGUGAACUGCUACAGCAGUGUGGUGAUAGACCAGCACUCCCAGCACACUGUGCACCACUGCACGGGCACCUGCCAGGUGUUCAGGCGAGGGGUAACCUGCAUAGUUGCCCACCACAGUGUCUGUGCAGAGCUCAGUGUCCAAGAUGCCAACCUGGACCAUAAAAUUCCUCUUCCUGAAAACGGACUCGCCUUGUCUGGAAAUGAGGACUAUCACCAAAUCCUCCCAAAUAACCCAAGGAUCAAAAAGGGCUCUUCAGUGCAAGCCUCCAGCAGUUUAAAGGACAUUACUGGUGAGGCAAUAAACCUUGCCAGUGGUAAAACAAAGGAGUUCUCCUUUGAAAAGCUCAAAAACUCCUCCAGUCAUGUGGCCUACAGAAAGGGAAGGAAGGUUCGGUCAGAAUCCUUCAGCAGACGAUCCUUUGACUUUGACUUGAUUUAUGGGCACCUCAACAAUGAUGAGAACUGCCCUCCAUGUGGCUUUUUGCAGAGCUCCUCCCCUGUGGAGAAGUGGCAGGAGGGCAGUGAUGCUCCAGAAGUCACCGUGAGCCCCGUGGCUCCCUUCUGCCCUCAUGCCUUCUCCGAAGAAAACUUCAUUACCCAGAUUUUGGAAAAACACAAGCUGGAUGGUUCCUCUGGUGGGGAUAUCAAGGUGUGCUUGGACAUCUUGCUCAAGUGCUCAGAGGAUCUGAAGAAGUGCACGGACAUAAUAAAACAUUGCAUCAAAAGGAAGUCUGCAGACAGCGUGGGUGGGGGGAACAGCAGCGACCCCCUGCCCAGUUCAGAAAUGAUAUACAUGAACCUGAUGACCAGGUUUUCUUCCUACCUGAAGAAGUUGCCCUUGGAGGUGAAGCCCCCGGGGCAGAGGGAGGCGAGUGACUGGGCAGAGCUGGUGAGCUGCUUCCAUGGCUUGCAGCAGAGCCCCUUCGCCCCGGUGUUCGGGGAUGAGCAGCCGCCCCGCUAUGAGGACAUUAUCCAGCUGCCAUCCUCCAGUGCAGGCCCUCUGGCUCUGCCAGGAGAUCAGGGGGAGCCGACAAGCACCUCUCAGUCCCUCCACACAGGUACUGUGGCCUUUACCCCCACCUCCCCUCCCAGUGCCCCCCAGAGCAGUGUGAGAGCUGGGACAGACGCUCUACCUCAGCCAGCGGCCCCGAGCCCCCCCGACGGCGAGGUGCUGUACAUCGAGGAGGAGGCUGAUGGGGACAGAACAGCAGGGAAAGGGCAGAGGGCAGAGCACAGAGGGGGCUGGCAGAGUAUGGAGCACAGCUCCCAGCGAGCUGCUGCUUCAGAUGGACCUGCUGAUGCUCAAGCAGAGCGUGCCCGGGUGGGAGAUGCCGAGCUCUGCCCCGCUCCCGAGGACACGACUCCUUUAACACCACCCUUGGAUUCCGUGCUGCACGGGGCCCAGGCUGGUGUCCCCAAAGGAGCCCAGACAUGCAGUAGGGUGGACAAGGAGGAGAUAGACAAACUGCUGCUGGACUUGGAGUGCUUCUCCCAGAAAAUGGAGAGCACUUUGAGGGAACCCCCUCGGAAGCAGGGCGAGCCUGCGGGCGUGCAGGUGUUGGGCAGGCAGGGGAGGCAGGUUCCACCUCUGGCUCUGGAGGCCAAAAGUAAACCUGCUGACCCCCCUUCUUCUCUGUCAAAAAUCAUGGAAACCAAUGGUCACAAAAUGGAAGAGGAUGACAAAGCCUUUUUACUGCGGAUCCUGGGAAGCAUUGAGGACUUUGCCCAGGAGCUGGUGGAAUACCAGACAGGCAAGGGGAGCUUGUCCAAGGAGAAGGAAGUGAUGCAGAUUCUUCAGGAAACUUUAGCAACUCCUUCACAGUCCCUCCUUGCAGGGAAAAAAAGCCAUGCUGGGGCUGCCUGCAGAGACUCUGUUCCAGCCUCAAUUCAGCAGGGCCCAGAGGUGAUUAAGGUUCAAAGUAAACAAGAGAAGAAGCCUGGAGCUCCCUCCCUAGCCCCCCUGAAGCCCUCAGUUGGCCCUUGCACUCUCCUGCCUGUGAAUAAAGCCACCAGCAGUGCCCCCUUGUCCAUAAACAUUCCACGUUUCUACUUCCCUAAAGGACUUCCCAAUGUCUGCACUAACCAUGAGGAAAUCAUUGCCAGGGUUGAAGAGGCCUUUUCAGAGUUUGAAGAUGAGAAGGCAAACGUCUGUGAAAUGGGGAAAAUUGCUAAGGUCUGUGGCUGCCCACUCUACUGGAAAGCACCUCUGUUCAGUGCAUCAGGAGGAGAGAGGACAGGAGGGGUAUCUGUGCACUCCUUUGUGUCCAUGUGGAGAAAAGUCCUGCGGAACUGCCACGAUGAUGCUUCCAGGUUCACAUCCCUCCUGGCCAAGCCUGGCUGUGACUACCUACAGCAGGAGGACUUCAUCCCACUGCUCCAGGAUGUGGUGGAAACUCACCCUGGCCUGACGUUCCUGAAGGAUGCCCCGGAGUUCCAUUCCCGGUACAUCACCACGGUUAUACAGAGAAUAUUCUACACCGUGAACCGCUCCUGGUCUGGGAAGAUCACUCUGACAGAGCUGAGGAAAAGCAACUUCUUGCAAACCCUUGCUCUCUUGGAAGAAGAGGAUGACAUAAAUCAGAUCACAGACUAUUUCUCCUAUGAGCACUUCUAUGUGAUUUACUGUAAAUUCUGGGAGCUGGACACUGACCAUGAUCUUUACAUCAGCCAGAAGGACCUGGCUCGGUACAGUGAUCAAGCUUUAUCCAACAGGAUAAUUGAGCGAAUAUUCAGUGGCGCUGUGGUGAGAGGCACUGAGGUUCAGAAGGAAGGCAGGAUGAGUUAUGCGGAUUUUGUGUGGCUUCUGAUUUCGGAGGAGGACAAAAGGAGUGCUACAAGCAUUGAGUACUGGUUCAGGUGCAUGGACCUGGAUGGGGAUGGAGUGCUGUCCAUGUAUGAGCUGGAGUAUUUCUACGAGGAGCAGUGUGAGCGCAUGGAGGUGAUGGGCAUAGAGCCCCUGCCCUUCCAGGACCUGCUGUGCCAGAUGCUGGACCUUGUUAAGCCAGAGAGGGAAGGAAGAGUAACCCUGCGAGACCUGAAGAGGUGCAGAAUGGCUCAUGUGUUCUUCAACACCUUCUUCAACUUAGAGAAAUACCUGGACAAUGAACAAAGGGAUCCCUUUGCAGUGCAAAAGGACGUGGACAGUGACGGCCCCGAGCCCUCGGACUGGGACAGGUACGCGGCCGAGGAGUACGAGAUCCUGGUGGCCGAGGAGUCCGGGACCGAGCCGCUGCAGGAGGGAUCAUGUGAAGAAGACUAUGAUACAGAUGAAGUCUUAUCUCCCCCUGAAACUGGAGACAAGUCAGACAAGCUAGUUCUCUCAGAUCUCUCAGCAUAGAGAAGUGGAAGACACUUAACCAAUCUCUUUCAAACUGGAGAGCAUUCAGUCCCAAGGCACUUGGGGGUUUUCUUAAGUCCAGCAUUGGAACAAUGUGCUUUAUUUGUACACUGUAACUUGAGAACCCUUUUUCUCUCCCUGUGUAACUGCAAUAAGGUAAUUUCUAUAAAAAGGCUUUUUACAAUGUGCUCUCGUGCACACUCAUUGCCAAUGGUGAUGGCACCUUGUUUCAUUUCUAGAUGAAUUCUGUUGUGUCCCCAGAUGUGCAAUAAAUGCCAGCAUCUAAUGGCUGCCUGUGCCAGCUGCAUGCAGCACUGACAGUCAGUUCAGCUCUGUGCCAUCCCCUCCCCUUGACUUUACACCAGGAGUGACAAAGAGCUGCCAAAUGAACUCCAAUUUACAUCUAGAAAUCUUUUAAAACACAAGUCACAGUCAAGUCCUUUUUGCUCUUCAUGUCUUGGAAAUGAAGGCAACAUGAAGGGAGAGUGAAGUCCCUCUGUGAUUUGAACCACGAGCUCCUCCACGUGGUACUGGACACAUUUCCCUGGUGCCCCAGUGUGGACAGUUCAAGCCCUCCACGAUGGCACAUUUCUCUGAGAACUGGAGAUACAGUUCACAUUUCUACUGGGCAUAAGAUGAUCUGCCUCUGUCCAGUGUUUUGUCUUUGUAGAAUUCUGCUUUGUACAGGUGGGGUUUAGUGUAUUUACAAAAGAAAAGGACAUCUGCUGCUGAGCUGGUGUGUUAAACUGCUGUGCCUGCGGUGCCCCAGUCCCGUCCAUUCCCUGUUCUCCUCCUCCCCAGAGCCUUCUGUGACCUGGAGCCUUCUCCCAGAGCCUCAGCUGAGACACUGAAGAGAGAAACCAACCCAACCUUUUAACUAGUAAAGGAAUUAGUCUGUGUCAUUGCCAAAAAUUUAUUUUCUCCCCGUGAAUUAAGCCCCAGAGUCAGAGAGGAAAUGCUGUAACUAAUGAGUUCUUGCUUUAAGUGCGAAAAAAUUAAACUGACUUCCCCCCAGAAUCCCAACUGGUGUCUCUGCUGACAGCACCCACUGCUGGAGCUGGGCCUCCCAGCCAACUAGUGCCUGUCUGUGGUUCCCAGGGGGUUACAACAUCCUCUUACCAGUUCCAGGGAUGCACAAACAGAUCUGGGCCUUGCCUUCCCAGCUGGCAGAUUUUAUUGUAACUGUCAGAGUUGGGCCCCCCCAGUGUUUGGUUGGGGUGUGUGCACUGUGUGUCCUGUUCCCUCCCUGGAGAGCAUCCAGCUGUGCCUCCUGUGUGCAUCCCUGCAGGAUUCCUGUGUGCAUCCCUGCCAGGAUUUCUGUGUGCAUCCCUACCAGGAUCCCUGUGUGCAUCCCUGCCAGGAUUCCUGUGUGCAUCCCUACCAGGAUUCCUGUGUGCAUCCCUUCAGGAUUCCUGUGUGCAUCCCUACCAGGAUUCCUGUGUGCAUCCCUACCAGGAUUUCUGUGUGCAUCCCUACCAGGAUUCCUGUGUGCAUCCCUACCAGGAUUCCUGUGUGCAUCCCUGCCAGGAUUCCCAGGAUCCCCUCUCCCAGCAGGCCCUUCCAGGUAGCAGAGCCCCUGUGUGUGUCCCCACAGACACUGGCACAAGGGAGCACUGAUCCCUGUGAUACCUCCAGGAGUUAACCACCAAAUCAGUCAUGGGCUGAUCACUCCAGUGUGGCCUCAGCUUGUCCAGGAGCCUUUGGAGCCCAGCACCUGCCUCCCAGUGUCCAGUGGGAUGUGGUGAUGCCUCGCUGGGGUCAGGAGCUCCCUCAAGAUCCAAAUCUGAACAAGAGCCAGUUUUCAGUUGUACUGGGCUCAGAGAUCUGUUCCUUUUUCCUGACCAAAGCUGCUGUUUUAUCCAGGGGCACACAUACCCCCCAGGAUCCUGGGCUUGGGAUGUAGAAACUUUCGGAUGCCCAGGUUGUUGGCAAAGGCCCUGCAGGGUGACUUGCAUUCCAUAAUGCCAGCUGUGAGCAGGGAGCACUGACCAGAGCAGGAGCAGCCUCUGGGAAUGCAGCAAACACACAGGGGGUUUGAAUCCAUCUCCAUCACUGGAACCUGCAGGGGAAAACCCUCCCUGGGGCUCGUUCCACAAAGGCCCAAAUGCAGCAGAACCUGGGGAACGACCACAGGAUGGAAGUCCCACAACUGUUGGUUGUACCCAGCUCCAUCCACCUUUUACUGGGAAGAACCUGGAGCAGGAAUUCAGCCCUUCCCUGACUCCCAGGCCCCAGAGGGGCCUUUCAGUUGGAUAACCUUUUAGAUCUCUCCAAAGACAAAGAUUCCUCAAAGCACAAGAAGAACCUGACCCUGUUCUAGGCCCAAGUGGAACCCCCUGGUCCUGCAGCAUCACCAGCUUUGAGCUCCAGCAGCACUGGGGUGUUCCAGCCUCAGUCACCCACCACUUCAGGCUCUUCCUCCUUCUGCAGAGGGGCUUAAACUCCACCCAUCCAUCUUCCCAGGCUCCCAUCUCCCACCAUCCCAGCCUGGACUGGUGCCUUUCUUUGGAGAACUCAGUGCCUGGAGCCUGGUAAAACUCCCCAAUUGCCUUCCCAAGCUUUGGCUUCAAUAAGUGGACCCAGGAGGUUGUAGCUGCUCUGCUGAGCCCUUUGGCCCCCAAAGCCCCUCUCUUCUACAGACAGAGCUUCACUGCUGCUACAGCAAAGCAGAGUGAAUCCAAACCCAAUUCCUGCUCCCUGGUAGGUCAACACAAGCUAAUCCAGGAAAAAAACAAUUUGCAGCAAAUGUUUUGCAUUAUAUAUUAGAACAAGUUACAGAAGUCACUCUUUUUGUGGUGGCAGUGCAAAACCUGCAGGAAUUUAAGUUAUUUACUCCAGGAGUAGGAAUCCAUUCCCUGUCACCAAUGUACUUGAAAAUGUAACUCAGCAGGCACAGAUGCUUUAGGAAAGAAGGUCUCCUGCACCCUGUUUGGGACUCAUCCCUGUCCACAGCUCCUCUGGAUGGAGGAUUAAACUCUGCAGGAUUUAGGUGAGGUAGAUUUGGGAGCUCCCAUCCUACUUCUGAGCUUUUCUUUCUGGGAUAAAGACAAGGAUGCUUGUGCCCACAGCAGCCUCAGGGCUCAGCCAGCUCCUGGAGCCAAGCAACCAAGGAAUCCCUGCCCUGAGGGCUUGGAGGAGCCCCCCUGGCUCUGAGUCUGCCUCCUGUCAGUGCCACUUGAGAUGCUGCAGCCUUUUAAAGCCAGAUCCUGCCUUUUUCCUUGCAAACCCGGCUCACACUGAGCUCUGUUUUGAGCUGGACCCCUUUUUCCUUAGGAGUGGUCAGAAAAGUGAGUAAAUUCAGAUUUGCUCGAUAAAAAUCCCUUUGUGCUUGUUUGUUCUCUCUGCUCUGCUGCUGUCCAGCAAAAUUCCGUCCCCUGUCCUUACAAACCCCCCUGCUUUGGACUCUGUGUCCCCCGUGUGGUGUCUGUGCAGUGCUGAGAUCACAGUGUUGCUGCUGCCUUGUUGCUUCCUUCCUCCCACCCCUCAGCGGCACUUGCUGCAUCCCAGCUCCGGGAGCAAAGCCCGGGCACUGCCCCAGCUCCCCCCUGCCUGGGAGUGGCACAGCCAGGGACAGCAAAGGGAUUCCAAAGCCUUCCUGCGCUCCUGAAGGAAGGGUUUAAGGGAGCUCCCUCGAGAUGCUCUAACAAGGCCAGUAGGCCUUAAGUUUCUGAAACAAAAUAAGCCUGAAAAGGCUAAAAAACGGCUCAUGGAAGUGUGGUUUUAACAGUCUGGAUCUGGAGUUUCUAGAUCAGGGCUAUGCAAAAAACCUUGAACCUCAGUGACCAGCACGAGCUACUGUAAGGAAAACAUGAACAGAGCUUCCCCUUCUGUGCUCCUCUCCUGGCUGUGUCACUGGGGCAGGGGCUUGGAAACUGAGCAUUUCAUAAUAAUAAUGGUUCUCAUACUUUGUAAAAGUAGUUUUGGAGACAUUUUGUGCUGGCAUGGUUUGAUCUUUGUAUUUUUACUUCGUAAUUUCUUCUUUUUUUUUUGGCAAAUAAAGGAUUUCUGAGUUUUAAAAGGAAAA